AGCGAAUUUUUGUUUUCCCUCGUUGCCCGUUGGUGGAGUGGGUGCCAGAGCACGCGGCGUAUGCGUAAUUUUUAUCAACCGGUCACUCACAUGUGUCCGCGUGCAACGAGACUGUCCUGCUCCUGCUCCUGCUGUGUUCCUGCUGUGUCCCAGUUUGGUUCAAUUGUGGGCUAAGUGGCCGUUUGUGUGUCAAUAAACUCGCGUGCCACUCUCGUGGACUGUACCCGUCCUUCUGCUGUUUCCCUCCGCCACAGACCGCCACAUCCAAUUGCCGUUGUUGGUUGGGCGCAAACAUUCCACAACACACACACACGCAAACACACGCUCGCUCUCUCAUCGCAUAGCUGCGUUUGCAUGAACAACAACACCAACACUAUUCAUCCACCAUUUCCUUGGGCUGACGAACUAUCACAUCGACUAUCUGGCGAUCGGCUCACAUUCAGUUUGUUUGGCACACAACCAUCAUCAUCAUCAGCAACCGGUGACAACGACUGUUGUGCAUGAGUCAGAAGCAGCACCAGUAACAAGAUUUCCAGUCUAAGCCAAGUCUACAGACGGCCAAGACGCGUCAUCAGCGCUCACGCUCGCAUUGACUGCCUUUCUGCUUAGCAGCCCACACACCUGAAGCUAAAGCUCUGCCGCAGCUUACUUUAUUUGGCGAUGGCGUCACAAGGUGUCGGCGAGAGCCAAAGCUCCAAGCUGGGACAGUUGCGGAUGCGCUUCCAGCAAAAGACGCAACAGGAACAGGAACAACGACGUCGUGAACUGAACACAUCAUUGGCCAAUGGCAACGACUCAAUAAUGUCGGUGGAGGUGCCGCCUGGCGCUAAACCUAAUCGCCUUACUGGCAACGGCAAGGUGCGCCAAAUGUUCGACGAACGACGCCGCGGUGUCGGCAUUGACCGCAGCCAUCCACUCAAGCCGAUUGGGACAACGGGCACCACUUCGAACGCCACAGAAAGACCAGCACGGACGUUGGGCGGCGGUACAACCACCUCCCGCUUUGGAGGAGCGCGCGCUACCCAACAACUAACCAAGGGGAUGUCCACAAUGAGCCUCAAAGAGGGUCCGGUAACGGGUCGACGGAUAACCAAUGAUAGCAACAACAACACCAACAACAGUAAAUACAAUGCGACUGGCACUGUAAAUUCCAAUCGCCUCAGGCCUGUGCUCCCCAAAAAAACCCCUCCAGGCACCGCCGGCUAUGGAGCACGCUCCAUUUCCACACCGCCCAUUAGCGCCAAGCUCGCGCCGCGCUUGGCGGGAGGACAACAGCAGAAGCAGCCCAUAUCACAGCGGGUACCGGCACGUAAUGCCAACGUCAAAUCUCCAGUUACCAAAAAUACGAUGAGUCGCCAGACUGUCAAUUCACCGGGUCCGACUCAAAGCAAUACAGCCGGACCAGAAGGGACCAGCAAGUGUCGUUUCUGCGGCCGCAGCUUCCAUUCAGAGCGCUUGCAGAAACAUGAGGCAGUGUGCCAACGCACCAUGUUCACCAAACGCAAGAUUUUCGAUGCGUCCAAGCAACGGGUGAAGGGCACUGAGUCUGAGAAGUAUGUAAAGCGUCCAAUGCAUCGGGCUCAGUCACAAUACAGCAGCGCCGCUCAGCAAAUGAGUCUGAGCACGGGCGUGAAGAAGAACAAUUGGCGAAAGAAACAUGAGGAGUUUAUCCAAUCCAUUCGCGCCGCCAAACAGGUGCAGGCGCAUUUGGCCCGUGGUGGCAAACUCAGUGAUUUGCCGCCACCGCCGCCUUCAGAGAACCCUGACUAUAUCCAGUGCCCGCACUGUGGCAGGCGCUUCAAUCAGCAAGCAGCAGAGCGGCACAUACCACGAUGUGCCACCAUGAUACACAAUAAGCCGCGUCGUGAUGGACCGCCUCCGUUGAAGAAGCGCUAAGAAGUGUUCUGUUACCCAAUGAGAUUAAGUACGAGCCCGUGUUUUGUGAGCUCAAUUAUAUUACAUGUGAUAAAGGAAUUGAUGAAUGAAACGGCA